AUGUGUGACACCCACGGUUCCCGAGCCCUGCAGGCGAGUAGUGCGGGCCAGGGUUGGGGCAGGCCAUGGGCGGCGGCGUCGCCCGAGGAGUACAGCUUCGAAUACGGCUCUCCGCGGUACCUGCUGCUCUGCGGUCUGGGCGGGAUGCUGAGCUGCGGGCUGACACACCUGGCCAUCGUGCCCCUGGACCUGGUCAAGUGCCGCAUGCAAGUGGACCCCGACAAGUACAAGGGCAUCUUCAGCGGCUUCGGCGUGACAGUGCGCGAGGAGGGGCUGCGCGGCCUGGCCCGUGGCUGGGCCCCGACCUUCAUAGGCUACUCCCUGCAGGGCUUCUUCAAGUUCGGCCUUUACGAGGUCUUCAAGAUUCACUACAAGAAGCUCCUGGGCGAGGAGAAGGCCUAUACGUGGAGGACCACCUUGUACCUGGCCGCCUCGGCCAGCGCCGAGUUCUUCGCCGACGUGGCCCUGGCGCCCAUGGAGGCGGUCAAGGUCCGCGUGCAGACGCAGCCAGACUACGCCCGCACCCUGCGUGAAGCCGUCCCCAAGAUGUAUGCCGAGGAGGGCCUGUGGGCCUUCUACAAGGGCGUGGCACCGCUGUGGAUGCGGCAGAUCCCCUACACCAUGAUGAAGUUCGCCUGCUUCGAGCGCACGGUGGAGGCGCUGUACAAAUACGUGGUGCCCAAGCCGCAGUGCGAGUGUACCAAGGCCGAGCAGCUCGGCGUCACCUUCGUGGCAGGCUACAUCGCCGGUGUCUUCUGCGCGAUCGUGUCCCACCCCGCCGAUUCCGUGGUGUCCGUGCUGAACAAGGAGAAGGGCAGCACGGCCCUGGAGGUGCUCCGCAGACUGGGGCCCCUGGGCGUCUGGAAGGGCCUGUUCGCUCGCAUCAUCAUGAUCGGCACCCUGACGGCCCUGCAGUGGUUCAUCUACGACUCGGUCAAAGUGUAUCUCAACCUGCCGCGCCCUCCCAUUGCUGAAGAGCCAGCGUCCCUGAAGAAGCACAAAUAG